UGAAUUCUCAACACUACUUGUCCUUGGAUAAGGUGCUUCUCAUUAAGUACUUUGGAAACGAUUACAGUACUGUCAUCAGUGGAGCUUAUAGCUUCGAAACAUGGGAAAAGGUGGGUAUGCAGUAGGAGAGGUAUAUUCGAUCCAGCCGCUUGUCAAUAACCGACAACCCAUAGAGAAACCCCCCUUUACAAUCGGCACACUCAGGAAGGCAAUUCCGCAGCACUGUUUCAAAAGGUCACUUCUCACAUCGUCUGCGUACUUGGCCGCAAAUUUGGCAGCGGUUGCUCUUCUCUACGUUUGCAGCACUGCGAUUGACACUCUGCCAACCUGGGCACGGCUGAUAUCGUGGCCUUUGUACUGGUUUUGCCAGGGAGCUGUAUGUACGGGUGUCUGGGUGAUUGCUCACGAGUGUGGGCACCAGGCCUUCAGCGAGUCACAGUUGGUGAACGAUGCAGUGGGGCUGGUCUUACAUUCGUGCCUGCUGGUCCCUUACUAUUCAUGGAAGCAUUCACACAGGAGGCAUCACUCCAACACUGGCAAUGCAGCCAAGGAUGAGGUGUUCGUUCCAGAUGUCAGGCCUGUGGAUCAUGAGGAGAUGAGCUUCAGAACGCUCGGCCCUGUCCGGCUGCUGGAGAUCCUCUUUGUCUUGACAGCUGGCUGGCCGUUGUACCUGCUCUUCAAUAUGUCUGGCCGCGAGUAUGAGUCAUGGGCAAACCACUUCAGCCCCUACUCGCCCAUCUACAGCCGCCGCGAGCGCAGCGAGAUUCUUAUCAGCGACAUUGCUCUGGGCCUGGCCUUCGCGGGCCUCUCUUGGCUGGGCAGCACCUUCGGCUGGCUCUGGCUCCUCAAGGUGUAUGUGGCGCCCUACCUGGUAGUGAACGCGUGGCUGGUGUGCAUCACGCUGCUGCAGCACACGCACCCGGCGCUGCCGCACUACAGCGACACCGAGUGGGACUGGCUGCGCGGCGCCCUCUCCACCGUCGACAGAUCCUAUGGGCCCCUGGACGUCGUGUUCCACCACAUUGCAGACACCCAUGUAGCCCACCACCUCUUCUCCACCCUGCCCCACUACCAUGCGCAGGAGGCGACAAGGGCGCUGAUCCCUGUGCUUGGGAAGUACUACAUGCACGACAGCCGCAGCGUGCCACGAGCCAUCUGGGAGGACAGGCAGGCCUGCCGCUGGGUGGCGCCGGACAAGGACACCCCAGGCAGCGGAGUGUUCUGGUUCAAGCAGUUCAAGGAGCAGAAGAAGUCCGACUAGGUUCCCCUCAUUCUAGGCAGGCUCUGUGUAGGCCAGUACGUCCUGUGAGGGCCCCUUGCUGAAGGCUGCAGCUUUCUUAAAUGCAAGAAUCGUGGAUCUUCACGGUCAAUUUCAUACUGAAAUUGUUAGAUGUAGCUCAGAGGUGUCUCUCUGGAAUUGGCGUUGAAGCGCUGCCGUUGUGCCCGGCUGCCAGCUUCUAGAGCUGUUUGUUGCCACAUGGCAUGUGCAACUGCAUUGAAAUGGCCUCGUUUGAAGGUAUGGCAUGGCAAGGUUUCUUGACAUUGGAGAAAAAGGCAUUGUUUCUUGAUAUUUAAGGAAAAGGCAGGAGGGCUCUGCACAAGCAUACGUCUUGGAGACUCCUUCUUGUAUAUCAGGGUCUUAGUAGGCUUCAUUGGUACAUAUCAUGUCUGUGCUAUAGGCACGAAAGAAUGUGUGAACAGGGCUGGAUAGGGCUUUUGUGGCUGCAAUUCUUUCAGAGGUUGAUUCCUCCAUGGUAAGCACCAGUGUACAUCAAACUCCUGAUCAGCGGAUGAUGCUUGAGUCUACCCUUGUGCUUGAGAGCUGAUAGCAGUACUGUUAGUGUAGUGCAAUUGAACCAUCCUUCUACUGUCAAGGUGACAUGCAUGGUGAUGCAGAACGGUUAUUCCAUGUCUGCCUCAAGGCGCUAGCGCCCUCACCUGGACAAAUGUGAUGAGAUCUCGAAGAAGACGAUUCCAAGUAUCCCAAUGACCUAAAAUUGAAGUGCCUGAUUUAUUUGAACAGUCCUACUGCAUAGGAGUUGCGUCAGGAUAGAAGGUGUCCAUAGUGGCAAAGCAGGAAUGUUUUCUGCAGUGUGAUAAGUGUAAAGCCACAGUGAG